AUGCGUCAUCCGUGGGACAAAGUGGCGAAUGCAGCAUGGCGAAAGUACCCCAACCCGAUGAACUGUGCCGUUAGCGGGAUCGAUGUUCUCAGGCAGCAGUCGCUCGGCGAUGGCUCACUGCGCUCCGAGCGUAUCAUUCAGAGUCGUUUUUCAAUACCCACUUGGGUGACUCACAUGAAUGCGGGACGUUUUUUGCGUGUUGAUGAACGACUGCUGUACAAGCCGGAUCCCUACAAUGAAGAUCGGUACUUUUACAACCCUUUUAUGCGAUUGAGAUAA